UUGAUUUCCUGGUUGGUGGUGAUGUGACCUGAAAGCCCCGCCCAGGAAACGCCUGUCCCGGCAAAUCCGGUGUCACCAGUUGAUCUGAACCCCGGAUUAUUUCAAACAUCUGCGGACGACCAGAAAAAUGGCAAGACGUCCUGAGUUUGAUUAGCACACGGCUAAUGACAGCCGACCGCUUGUUUAAGUAGUUAGCAGUUCAACGGCAGCCACAAAGUCUGUGUUAGCCUCCGUUAGCUGACGUUAAAGAAGAACCAUGGAGGACGUUAAACGGUUUCUCCGGGAGGCGAAGCUUGACAGCUGGACGGCAGCUCUGCCGACUGUCGUCGCCGGUGUUGGAGCUCUGCUGGUGCUGAUGCGGACGGUUAGCAACCACCGGGAGGCGAAGGAGAAGAUCCGGAGAGCCAGAAACCGGAGAACCGAGAGCCUGCGGCGGGCAGAAGAGGCAGUGCUCCGGUACAAGCAGUCGCAUCCAACGGCUGACUUGACUCCCAUCCUGAAGCUGUCCCUGUCUGAGUUGACAAAGGAACUGCAUGAAGGAUCCCUGAACCCUGAGGAAGCAUUAAACGCUUUCAUGGAAAAGACUCUGGCUGUCCACAAAAAGCUGAACUGCUGCGCUGAAAUUUUGCUGGAGAGUUUUGACCAGCUGGAAACUGUCGGCUCCAACAAGGAAGGUCUUUUGUAUGGAGUUCCAGUUAGCAUUAAGGAUAACUGUGGCUAUAAGGGUCAUGACUCAAGCUGUGGUGUACUCUUAUAUCUGGAAAAGCCUGUCCAGGAGGAUGCUGUGCUUGUUCAAGUUCUGAAGAAACAAGGAGCUAUUCCCUUUGUGAAAACCAACAUACCCCAAGGCCUUCUAUCGUAUGACUGCAGUAACCCUAUGUACGGGCAGACAGUGAACCCCCACAACCUCCAGAAGACCUCUGGAGGUUCAUCUGGUGGGGAGGGGGCUCUCAUUGGGGGCGGAGGCUCCCUACUUGGAAUAGGCACUGACAUAGGAGGCAGCCUUCGUAUUCCUGCUUCAUUCUGUGGGAUCUGUGCUUUUAAGCCAACAGCGGGUCGUCUAAGUUUACAGGGUUUCCGUCCAUUUUAUCGAGGGCAAAAGUCAGUGUCGUCAACUCCUGGACCUAUGGCACGGGAUGUGGAUAGUAUUGUUCUGUGUAUGCAGGCGUUGCUCUGUGAUCACAUGUUUUCCUUGGACCCCACUGUUCCACCGUUACCUUUCAAUAUGCAGAUUUACCAGAGCACUAAACCACUGAGGAUUGGUUACCUAGAAAACGAUGGCUUCCAGCAGCCAUCUCCAAGCAUGGUCCGUAGUGUCAGAGAAGUCAAAGCUCUGCUGGAGCAAGCAGGUCACACUUUUGUGCCUUAUCAACCUCUGAGGAUAAAAGAAGCUCUCUAUGAACUCAUUGUAAAAGGCGUAUUUGCAGACGGAAAUGCCACCCUGAUACAAAACCUGGCAGGGAGCCCUAUAGAUCCUACUCUUAAACACCAGAUUUUUCCCUGCACUCUCCCUGUCUGGUUGAAGAGAAUCCUCUCAUUCCUCCUCAAGCCCUGGCAACCUCGUACUUCUCUCGGCGUGAGAGCUCUCUGUGGAGUUGGAUCUAUUCCAAAGCUGUGGGAGCAGCAUGCUGCUGUUGAGGACUACAUUAAAGAAACAAUUGCACAUUGGAGGAAAUGCGACAUAGAUGUGCUGCUGUGCCCUGUGAUCGCACCAGCCUACAACUUAUUGUACUGUGGCAAAAAUACCACUAUUCUAACUUACACAAUGCUCUACAAUCUCCUCAACUUUCCUGCUGGAGUAGUUCCUGUUACCACGGUGACAAAAGAGGAUGAGGAGGAGCUCAAGCAUUAUGAGGGCAUUUAUCAGGAUGAGUAUGACAAGUUCUUCAAAGAAGCAGUGACUGGAGGCGAGGGUCUGCCGGUGGCGGUGCAGUGUGUGGCCCUGCCGUGGCAGGAGGAGCUCUGCCUGCGCUUCAUGAAGGAGGUGGAACAACUGGUCAAACAGAGCAGAAAGUAAAGCUGCUGACUGUUCCUAACCCACAGAUGGAAAUCAAAAUCAAACUAAAGAGGCCUCAGAUUAAACUAGAUUGCAGACAUUAUUAAUUGUUGUUGAUACUCCGAUUUUGUUCUUGUCCAUAUGUUUUAACUAAUUCAUUGAUAAACUUUGUAAAAUCUGAAUUCACCCAAUAUGUAUCUGAAACCAAAAAUCAUGAAUUCAUUAAACAUUUUGGAUGGCUUCUUGUUUG